UUGUGAUUGUGCUGAUUGCUUGUUGUUGAAGAUUUGUAUUAUGAUUAUCGUAAUAAAUUGAAGACAUAGAUAAUAAUUUCUGCGCAUUUAUGGAAACGAUGAACGUUUUACAGUGAAUUAGUGUAUUUAUUUACAAUAGUUGAUCCGUAAUACAAACAACUCUGAGACAUUUUUAAUGCAAAAACAAACUUGCACAAGAUCACUCGAAAAUACCAAUUUAUAAAACAUGAAGCCUGCUUUUGGUGGACAUUUAAACGAAAUAAGGUUUAUAUGCAUUGAUAAUUUCAAAGAUUGGGGCGACAUAUAUGCAUAUUUCUUAACCCAUUUUCACGGUGACCAUAUCUGUGGCAUUGACGAUUUCAGUUUGCUAAGACUCUUAAAACGAAAGAACAUAUAUAUCUACACUUCUGAAGUGACUGUUGCAAUUAUAACAGCCAGGUACCCGCACUUGACGCCGCACUUGAAAAGUUUGAGACUUGGUCGCAAUGCGUUAUCAAUACCAACCAGGGAUAAGGAAGAGUUUCUAGAAGUUACAGUAUUGCCAGCAGGACAUUCAUUAGGUUCUGUAAUGUACCUAUUUGAAUACGAAAACCAGAAGAUUUUGUUCACUGGCGACUUCAGAAUAUCGAAGAAUGAUGUUGCCAAGUAUAAACAUUUGCAAAACAAUGGGGAGCCGAUACAAAUUGAUGCUCUAUAUGUUGAUACUACUUUCCAAGAUAAACCCUACAUACCGAAGAGAUCAGAAGUGGUCAGUAACUUGAUACCGCAUAUCAACAAGUGGUUGGCGGAAAACGAAAAGAACAAGGUCGUUCUAAGUGUGUCAGCCAUGUUUGGCUACGAAGGAGCCUGCAAUCAAAUAUAUGAUGAAAUCAAAAUCAAAGCUAAUGUUAAUGAAGACGAUUGGGCGAUUUAUAGACAAUUUCCAAAACAAAUAUAUGGCGUCACAAAUGAAGAAUCAAGGAUCGCACUCAGGAAAAAGAAUAAGGAACGAAUUCCGAAACACACACUAGAUGUAGUGUUUUCUGCAUUUAGCUGGAGAUCACCAAAUUUAGACGAGAAAUUUUUAGUAAAAGAAGGUUUACAGCGAAUAAAAGUUUGCUAUUCGACGCACUGCGGUCGUGACGAACUCAUCCAUUUUAUCAACUAUUUAAAACCUAGAAGAAUCAAAGGAUUCCCAGAAGAUUUAAAAGAAAACAAUUCUAAAUUGUCAUUUUGUUCUAUAUUUACGAACAAGGAUAGUGACGCGAACGAAAAUUUCGAUAUUUCACCGAAAAAACGAAAAAUCGUUAGGGAUAAUGAUGACAAAGAAAAUUGUAAGAAAAGUGAUGUUGUUAAACGAAAAUUGGCUGACGUACUGGAUUGGUGAUAAUUGGCCACUGCUGACCAAAUACCUCUUCUCACACGGAGGAGGUUUGAGCAUUACUCACCACGCUUGCUCAA